GUUUUAUAGUCCACAAGGCUUAUUUGUGCCUGCUGAGAGAGUUCUGAAGAGAGUACACAAAUCUGCUGAAAACUGUCUUCUGUCUGAAAGGGACAGAUAAAAAGAGAAAGAGUGUGAACUAGGUCCCUUUCUCAGCUGGAAGUUAAAAGGCAGACACAGAGACCGGAUUCCCUUCAAAGAGCAAACGAGGAGCCAACAUGACAGAACCCAGGAAAGAAAUGGACAAUGUCCUGCUGAGGAAUGAUAACGAGAAAGCAGAAGUUAGUGAACACAAAGGAAUUAUUGCAAAUGUUUUGGCUCUCGGGAGUCGGCCCAUCAAGAAGAUGAUCCAAACCUUAAAUCCUUUUGACAAUGAAAAAGCAGGAGUCAGUGAACACCAAGGAAUUAUAGCAAAUAUUUUGGCUCUCAGGAAUCGGCCCAUCCAGCUGUACAAUAAGAUGAUCCAAACCCUUAAUCCUUUUGGAGAAGCCAGCAUGACAGAACACAGGAAAGAAAUAGACAACGAGAAAGCAGAAGUCAGUGAACACCAAGGAAUUAUAGCAAAUAUUUUGGCUCUCAGGAAUCAGCCCAUCCAGCUGUACAAUAAGAUGAUCCAAACCCUUAAUCCUUUUGGUAUUGCAAAAGCAGAAGACGAUCGAUCCACAGGGAUUGUUGCACGGAUUUGUGAACGUGGGAGCCAGCCUUUUCAACUGUUCGAGAAGUUCAGACGAUUCUCAGUUAACCAAGACAAUGAAAAAACAGAAGUCAGUGAACCGCAAGGAAUUAUUGCAAAUAUUUUGGCCCUUGGGAAUCGGCCCAUUCAGCUAUACCAUCAGAUGAUCCAAACCCUAAAUCAUUUUGGAGAAGCCAGCAUGACAGAACACAGGAAAGAAAUAGACAAGCUUGAGAAAGAAAAUGACGAACUCCGGAAGGAACUUGAAUGGAGAAGAGCUCGUAAUAAAACAGAUGACAUCACUCUCAAUGCAGAGACAGCCCACCCCUACCUCUCCAUUGCUGGGGAUAAGAAGAGCUUGAAAUAUGAAGUGCAACAGCAGAAAGUUCCACCAACUCCAGAGAGGUUUGAUUCGACUGUCUGUGUGUUGGGCUCUGAAGGAUUCUCCUCUGAAGAGCACUACUGGGAGGUGGAUGUUGGGAGUAGCACUGACUGGGAUCUGGGAGUGGCCAGAAAAUCAAUACAGAGAAAAGGAAAAAUUUCCUUGUCCCCUAAAGAGGGAUUCUGGGCUCUGGGUCUGAAGGGGAGAGAUUACUGGGCAAAAACAGAUCCUUGGACCCGGGUCACAGUUCAGAAAAAGCCCAAGAAAAUUGGAGUUUACCUUAGUUACCAAGAGGGGCGGGUGACCUUUUUCAGUUUGGCUGACAUGUCUGUGUUGUUCACAUUUAAUGAUUGUUCAUUCUCAGAAGUGGUUUAUCCGUUCUUUAAAAAUUCCCACAAAGAAACAGCAAUAAGAAUUUCUUCAAUUAAAGAAGAGGAAUAAAUUUAAAAUAGCCCAGUCUCUGUUUUGGUGAUCAAACUAAGCCAAAGCUCCUGAUGUGUUAUGUAACCGUUGACCAAUCCAAAGUAACAAAAUGCUUUGGAGCCAGAAAGGUGAUCUGAAAAAUCAUUGCCUAUGAAAUCAUAGUUACAUACAUUGCUAAUUCUGCAGGAAUGGCUUCCCAUAGGAAGAAUGGAACUGAACUGGAAUCUGUAAAACUGAGCUCUCCCAAACAGAACUAGAAAUGUCAUUUAUUUCCAUUGCUAACUACUAGUUUAUCUGGGUAAGGUAUAUUAGCAGCUAAGAGUAAACAAACAAUAACCUACAUUAUACUACUGUAUCUGUGCUAAAUUGUAUAACCAGUCUUUGAGUUAGGUAUAAAUACAGGUGGGUUAUGUUCACAAUUUAAUGUCAGCAUAUUUCUGUUCAAUAAAUGGACCAGAUUCAUGUCUGACUAAUAAUAAUAAUCUGGGUCUAUAUUCAACUGA